AUGUACAGGCCUAAAAGAGUCUGCAAAUUUGGAACCCACAUAGGAUGGUUGGCCAUCCAAUGUUCCUGCGAGCCAAUCCCUAACAUAACAGCCGCCCCGCAUAUCGUCGCACCUACUAUUAGGCACACCGAUCUCUAUUCCGGCAAUCUCUUCGUAGAUAACGGUCACAUCACCAGCGCCAUUGACUGGCAGGGAGCUUGGGCUGGGCCUCUGUUUCUUGAAAGGCGUCAUCCACGACCCAUUGAUCAUCAUGGCGAUGUCAUUUUGAAGCCCCCACCCCGGUUAAGGAGACAGAUCACUAGUUCUAUUGUUCUUUAUCUUUAUGAACAACAAACAGCAAAGAUCAACCCUCGUUUGGACCGAAUCCUUCGCUUAAAGCUAGGGAGGAUAAGAUGUGAUCCUAUAACCUUCGCCAGCAACACAUGGGAUGACGAUUUACUUCCUCUAAGAGAGUCACUAAUUAACGUAGAAAGAGAAAAUCCGUUCAUGAUGUACGGGAGACCAUGUCCUAACUUUUACUCCAAACAUUGGCCUAAGCUAGGCUUUAACUUUGUUUGUCCGAUUCACUUUAUCGAGGAGGAGCUUCAAGCACACACAAAGUAUGGUAAAGGAUGGAAUGAUGUCCAAGACUUUUGGAGGUCUGCACAAGUAAUUGUGACUCGUGAUAGCUGGACCACACACGAUGAUGCAGCGACUCUCUUUUCAGAACUCAGGGACUUCGGUUUGAGAAAUAUGGGGGGAAAAGAUAGGAAGGACUUCGAGGCUCAAACGAACUCUUGCAUCGCCCAUUCAGAUAUACGCAAGAAUAACGUCCUCUUUGGUCCGAAAGGCCGCGGUUCACUCGAUGGCUCGGGCGCUACACACCCAAUCAUUUUUAUCCCAGUUCAUCUUGGUGGACCAUCGGAGACUAUCUGA